AUGGCUUCGUUAUCGAAGGAGUAUCUCCUGAAGUCACUGAUAAACCUACUUCCAACCGAGGAGCAGAUGAAGACUGCCGGACUGUUUAUAAGGACCUUCAAAAAAGAUUACAAGGAAAUAGUGGACGGAUGGAUGUUUGUCUAUAACAGAUCCAGUACAUACCAUAGGCUGAAUCUAUUAUAUCUUGCAAACGAAGUGGUUCAGACCACGAGGGAUGUAGACCCGGAUUCCAUCGAGUUGAAGAUUCUGCUUAAGAAGGCAGUAAACCAAGUGUUUGAAGAAACAAAGAAGAUGGCCAUGAAGAAUCCUUCUCUUUACAGGAAGUACUGUGAGCUUGAGAAGGUAUGGAUCCAAAGGAGUGUCAUGGUGAUGGAGAGUCAUGGAAUUAACCUGGGCGAGCUAAUACGGAACAUUGAGAAGUCGUUCAAUGACAAAUCCAAACUGUCUAUCGUACUGGAAGAUGCCCUAGCCAAGGUCCGCGAGAGUUCGAAGCAGAGCUGA